AAAGAGAGAGAGAGAGAGAGAGAGAGAGACAUUGCAUGGGAGCGCUUUGAUUUCAGUUUAAGCUCUGCGCUGCAGCUCAGACCACUGCAACACCAUGAUCGCGCUAAGCAUAAGGGACAGCAGCCGGGCCGGGAGACGGACUUGGAAAGGGACUAUGGCAAUAUUGGCGUGUAAGUGCCCCCGGACUCGGCUGCCAAUGGGAGCUAGUGCUUUGGGCGUCUUUGUUCUCUGCUGGCUCUACGUCUUCCCAGUGUACCGGCUGCCCAACGAGAAGGAGAUUGUGAACGGGGUGCUGCAGCAGGGCAAAGCAUGGAGGAGAAACCAGACUGCAGCUAGAGACUUCAGGAAAGAAAUGGAACAAUGCUGUGACCCUGCCAAUCUCUUUGCUAUGACUAAACAAAAUUCCCCUAUGGGGAAGAGCAUGUGGUAUGAUGGAGAAUUAUUGUACUCUUUCACCAUUGACAAUUCAACUUACUCCCUCCUCCCCCAGGCUACUCCAUUCCAACUACCAUUGAAGAAGUGCUCAGUGGUGGGAAAUGGUGGGAUUCUGAAGAAGAGUGUCUGUGGCCGACAAAUAGAUGAAGCAAAUUUUGUCAUGCGAUGCAAUCUUCCUCCUCUAUCCAGUGAAUACAAUAAAGAUGUUGGAUUCAAAACCCAUUUGGUGACAGCUAAUCCCAGCAUAAUUCGGAAAAGAUUCCAGAACUUGCUUUGGUCCCGAAAGACAUUUGUUGAUGACAUGAAAGUAUAUAACCACAGCUACAUUUACAUGCCUGCUUUUUCUAUGAAAACAGGGACAGAACCAUCUCUCCGGGUUUAUUAUACAUUGGCAGAUGUGGGUGCCAACCAAACAGUGCUUUUUGCCAAUCCCAACUUUCUUCGUAGCAUUGGCAAAUUCUGGAAAAGCAGAGGAAUUCAUGCUAAGCGCUUAUCUACAGGUCUCUUUCUUGUCAGUGCUGCUUUGGGUUUGUGUGAAGAAGUUACCAUCUAUGGCUUCUGGCCUUUCUCAGUGGAUCUGCGUGAGCAGUCUAUUAGUCAUCAUUAUUAUGACAAUGAACUCCCUUAUUCAGGCUUCCAUGCCAUGCCAGAGGAAUUCCUUCAGCUUUGGUAUCUUCAUAAAAUUGGAGUGCUAAAAAUGCAGCUAGAACCAUGUGAAGACCUCCCAAGCCCACCCACUUCCUAAGGACUGAGAUGCAGGAAGUGAAUGGGCCAGUGCAAUGUUUUUAGUACUUAUGUGUGUGACUAUGCAGAAGAAAAAACAUUCAGACUUAUUUAUGGAUUUGCAUAGAUCACAUAAGGAAAAAGAAACAAAAUGCUGUGGUUUAAACAUUUACUUGGAGGCUUACCAGGAAAUCAUUCCUUCUGCAAAAUAUUUUGUGGUUUGCUGUGAAUUUUUGGCCAGUAAAACUUUGAAGAAAGUUCAAAUGGUGUCAUUCAAUGAAGAUCAUGCUGUUUUAGGAUGACAAACAAUAAGGGGAAUUUGGGAAAUGGGAAGAGGGAAUUUUAGUGAUGAUUGGCCAAUAACACUGACUAUAUUGAAAUCCUUCUGACUCAAAACUGGUAUUUAGAAAGGUAGUUUUUACAAGCAUUAUUUUUGUCAUUUGGGGUUGUGGGGGUGAGUGGGUGGGUAGGGAGGGAGAAGAAGUUGUGUGUGAGUAAAAUAAUAUUGUAUUCUGUAAUAACAAUCCAAAAUGUCGUAGUUAACUGUUGUGAUUGUUUUUUUUAAUGUUAUGUCUGUAAUCACUUUUUCUUUUUCAAAUGAUGGGUUGCUCUUUUGCCAAGCACUUAGACAAUGUGAAUCCCUGGCAAAUUGGAACCCACUCUGGGUAUCUAGAUUCUAUCUCCUCUCUCUUUUCUGCUUCUUCCUCUGUUAUCUGAAUAAUUCAGGUAAUAGCUGCAGUUUUUAAAUCAUAUAAUUGUGUCCAUGUUGCCCUGUCAUUGUUUUGUUACUAUAAAGAGACUACAUACUUAAAUGUAGUAUUUUCCAAAUUUAUUAUAAUCUUGUUCAGAAUUUGGUGUUUAGAUAUGUAUUAAAGUUCUGUGGGAUCAUAGCAGUAUUUAAGUUUAGUAUUCCCUAAAUACUAUAUUUCCUAGUAUAUUUCCCUAGGAAUUUACAUUAUAAAGCAAGGUAGAACAAUUGUCUUCUUCCUAUACAGACAUACAUAUCCCUUAAUACAUAAUAAAGUUGUCAGUUUGUUAGGGCCAAAAUUUAUAUAACCAGUGAUGGAUUUAAAAAAAAAAAUCCACCAUGUGCACUGUAAUUCUUAGAUAAUAGCUUACUGGCUGUCCUCCAUUUUGCUAAUACAGUCCUGGGUCGGCAUAAGCAAUUAAAUGGGAAUUUUUAUGGAGUUUUGUGGAUGCUGCAGAUGCUAUGUGAAGGCCGGCAGAUAACACAGGAAAAAAAAUCUAGAAAAUCAGAAAUGCGUAAGAUAUAUGUAUAGUAUUGUGUAAUAUCAGCAAUAUUUUUAUCUUUCAAUGCCAUAACAACUCAGAUUUCUAUGGUAAAAAAGGGAGAGCCAAAAAAUUUUACAUGGAUUUUCCAGAUUGUGGAGAUGCUGUGCCCUUAUCUGCAAUGUGGAAGGGAUAUAUCCAGUGACCCAAAUUUUUAGUCCCAAAAGAUUACCCAGAGCAAAUACAGCCUUUUCUAUCCAUGCCAGAUAUUUCUUGCAUGGAUAUUGCUGCUCUGAAUGACACAAUACCUCCCAUGAAAAGGUCUGUGGUUGUAGAAGAGCUCCUAGGGUGUUUACCCAGCAAGCCUGUUUCCUUUGUUUCAAUGGGGAGUUAUUACAUUCAUUAUGGAUUGAGAAAGAUCUGCACUUUUAGAAGGAAUACAUACAUUAAAAGAUAUCAUAGGACCACAGGCACACUGAAGUUAUCAAAUUCUUCAUGUAAAAACCUCAACAAUAAAAAUCAAAACGACCAGAUAAAAUAAUUUAAAGGAUAAGAAGUUAGAAUAAAACAUGGUUUUGUUAAUCCAUGUCAUCAAUAAAUUUGAGACAAUUUUAAAGGAAAAAAGAAUGGGAGAGCCAAAAUGAGAAAUGGAUGGUUUAAAAUGUGAUUAUUUGUCAUAAUUCACUUUAUACUGAUUGUUAGAAGGUUAUUUUUAAAAGUUUUGAGAAUAUUGAUUAAUUGUAUACCAGAAUCCACUUUUCUUUUUUUUGAUUCUGUGUAGUAGCAUAGUGUUGCAAAACAUAAUGCUAUUAAGCUUUGCUAAAUUUUCAAUACAUAUGCCAGCCUGAAUAUAUCUAUUCUUUCAAAGCACAAAUUGCUUAGUAAUUACAUUAGAAAACAUACAUGUCUAAGUAUAUAUACCAUUAAAAUAUAAGUAUUCUAAAUGGAGAAAUCCAUUCAAAAGUUAUAAGAUGCUUGUAUCCAAAUUAAUGCCAUGAUUUUAAAAAAACAAACAAACAAACAACAACUCUUUAUUAAUCGUUUCAUUAGUCUGUCUGUCCAUCUUUCUCUGUAGCAUUGAAUAUUAAGGUAUAUCAAUAUCUUUUAUUAUAUAAUUCCCAAUGAUGAUUUGUAAUAGAUACAUACAAAGCUAUCCUAGGGAUUUAUGUUAUUCUAUCUAUUCUGUGUGGACUCCAGAGGGCCAAAGAAAAAACAUAUCUUUUUUUUGGAAAAAAUAUUUUACAUAUAUGUUAUGAUUCUAAAGUAUUGAAGUUGAAUUUUGUGAUUAUUUACUGAAUGAGACUGCUUUAUAGUCAUGCUUUUUAUAGUGGUCAUUCUUGAGGAUUUAUGCAGCCUUCUUUCUUAGUACAUCAUAGAAAUAUCAUCACAAUGAAAAGAAAUGCUAAUCUCCCAACCAAAUAAGAACUAUUUGGUCUUAAGAAUUUUAAGACCAUACUUUCUGCUUUGAAUCAUGUUUGAUCAAUUAGAUUUUAUAGAAUUACAAGAAUUUUAUAGAAAUACAAGAAUUACAAGAGAUUAGCUCCAAUGCAUAAUCAAUUAAACAAAAUUUCAGCCCUUUUGAUGGUGAGAUAACAAAGGACAUCAUCAUUUAAAAUCAGUUUACUUUUUCACAUUUAUUUUUGAAUCACAUAAAUAAAAUGGUACUUUAUUUUUUAACAUGGAAUGAAAAUUAAGAAUACAUAUGUAUGUUAUGAUUUGUUUUCCUUUAAAAUCACCUAGAAAUAUACAAGCUUGGAAAUAGUCAUUGUUAAGUAUAGUUAAAAGAUUAUUUUUCAUAUAAGCUUUGCAUUAGGCAUGUUGGCAGUCCAUAUUUUCUUACUGGAAUCCAUUUCUAUAUAGUCAAUUUUCAAUUAUCUGCACUAAUGCAAGAAUGCUUAAAUAACUUAUUUUUGCUGUUGGAAUAGAUAAUAAUUGUAGUUUGCAACUACAUGGCAUUUUAGUUUAUUUCAUCAUCCAUACAAACCUCUAAUAUAGGUGAUGGAAGUUGUAGUAUUUCCUUUUAACCGAUGAAUAAACUAAGGUAGGGAAAAGUUAAAGUGAUUUGCCCAGGGAGUCAAGCCCAGGUCUCCAGUUUAUAGAAAAUUAAUUUCCCAGUUAUAUUUUUGCUUCAAAUAACUUAAACUAUCAUUUCCCAGAUUUCUAAUUGAUGAAGCCCAGGGGAGAGAGAGAGCCUGAUGGGAAAUAAAUGGAAGCAUUUCUAGGAUUCAGAAUUUACCACAAGAUUCCAAAGAAUAGAUAAUCUCUACAGUUACUUGAGAUUAGACUGAACAUGGAAAACACUAAUAGAUAUGCUAUUAUAUCUUAUUGUCUAGAGCUAUGAGGUCCCAUAAUUUAAACAUCUGUUAUUAAGCAACCAAUUUCUUUCUUUGGGGUUAAUAAUGGUCUGGUUUUCUAUAUGUAGGCAUACUGAAUUUUGUGAUUUUUAACUUAUACCAUGUUGGUCAAGAUUAAGUAUUUCUGAGGAAAGUUAAUGUUAUUACAAAUCUUAAAAUUCCUCUAUCCUACCCCAAAGUGCAUUCAUGUCAGAAAUGUUUAUCAAGAACUGUUAUAUGCAAAACAUUAAGCUUGAUGAGUGAGACAUGGUUCCCCCAGGAGUUUACAAAUUAGUUGUAAUGUAUGUGUGUGUGUAUUUGGGUAGACUUGUACCCCAUUGACAUAUUUACAUCUAUAUAAGUUUCCACCAUACAUGGAACAAAAAAAUGAAUUGGGCCCAACAUAAGUAUGACAACAAUAUCUAGAAGGGUUUUGUGAGAAUUGGACGAAGAGUGAAACUUCAUUUUCUAUCCAUUAAAAUAGGAGACUAUUGCACUGUCUAUGAAUUAUCAGAGAAUCUUAAUUUUGGGCAGACAUAAGUCAAGGAUUUGACGUGGAAAUUCCUAGAGGUAAGAUAGAUAGGAAAAUGAAUUUCUUAACUGCCAUUUGGAUUAGAUGUCUUAAAUAUAUAGAUAAUUUUUUCAUACUUGUUUUAAUCUGUGGCCUAAAUUGAUGUUUCAUUCAGUUGGAUUUUCUUAUUCGUUACAUUUUGUGAAGACAGCAAUCAUUACAUUUAUUUCUAUAUAGCCUCCAUGAAAGUAUUGGGGACUGGGUCCAAAAGAUUCUACAGCAUAGAGAAAUAAGGGAGGGAGUAUGUGAAGUCACACUAUAAAAAGAUGCUUAGCAUUAAGAAAUUCCAUUUAAGAAAGUUAAUGUUAAUGUGUAUGUGUGUGUUAUUAUCUCAUCUUCUAAAAUUACAAAGCAGGCAAGCAAUAUGUAAUUGUGUGCUAUCACCUGAAGACUGCUAUUGCCAUUUAGGCCUGCUAGGGAUAAUAUUCAAUAGUAACAAUCAGAAUGUCAUAUUUAUAUGAAUACAAUACAACCUCUGCUUAUCAUUACCAUGAGGAAAACCAACAAUGUUCAUUUUACAUGUGAAAAUGCUCUGCAGGCUUAUUAUAUCAUUGCUCUUUAAGGUAAAAUAAUUUCUUAUAAAAAUCUUUAUUUUUCUCUGAUUUAUAGAGGAAAUAGUCACUGUGACACAACUAACCUGUAUUGUCUGUAUACAGAUGAUUGUCUUAAAGUAAUAUAUGUUUAUUGAGUUAUAUUCUAGUAUGUACUGUGAUUUUUUUUAAAGCUUAGAUGAAAAAGUGUGUUUUCCUAAUGUUAAUUGAUUGCCUAUCUCUUUUUGUGCUGUUACUGAAAUGCAUAUUGUACACAGAU